AUGAUUCUUGGAGACAUGUCAGCUCGCAGUACGGAAAAGCAGCCGAAAAUAAAAGGGCUGGUGAAGCGAUGCCGCUCCUUCAAGGACGAUCUCAUGACUCGGCUGGCGAGGAACAAGUCGCUGGCGAAGGAUGAGGCUCGCAAGAAGCGGGCGGCCGGGGCUACUGGAGUCGUCUCCAAGGGAGGAUGGACCAGUGGGGGCACGAGCCCCAUCCCGUCCGACCCUGACAUCACCGACCCCAUCGUCCUCAUUGCCCACCGACUUAAAGAGGCGCACCUCACCCUUCAAUUCGUGGAGAGUUUGGUGACCAAGAAUUGCGUGGACUUGUUGGGGGGUUCGUCCAACGUGAUGCUCGACUUAAUGGGACAUCUUCUCAACGACGUCAAAGGACUCACUGCACUGUCACAUACAUCGGCCUACAAACACACCGUGUCUCAGUUGAAGGAGGCGAUCGGGGAGUUUCUCACGGCGGUGGACGUUCUCGUGUUGAAGGAACGAGGCGUGGAUGACGACACGGUCCAGAAGGACAUGCAUUUGGAUAAGGUGCUCGACACGUUGCAAACGACGAGGGAUGCGCUGGCGAAAUUGAAGAGCUUGCUCGAAACGAGGGACAAUGGGAAUCAUCACUACACGAACAGCGUCCGCCACCACUCCACCUCCUGCACGGGGAGUCCCAAAAAGGCCAAACCAUUCCUCACGUCCACACCCAUGAUGCGACAACAGUCUCGACAAGGUGCUUCCUCAACCUCUGGUGCUGGCUCCUCUUCUUCGACCGGGAUCAUCUCGCCCAUCGGAGCAAUGUCAUCCCCCUCUCCAGUCGCCGGACUCAUUUCCCCCGUCGGAGGGGCGGCUGUAGGAAGCACACCUUCCACCCUGCAAGGCACCCGCAUCCUCCCAACCUCAAAACCACAGGUGCACGGAGCGGAAAAAAGGCCACCACUCCCCCCAAAACUGAAGCAGCUCUGGAUGGGGAAGUCCUUCGACUCCUCGACCGAUCUCCCCACCUCGGCACCCGCCAACUCCUCCUCUUCCUCCACCCCGAGGACAAUGUCGCCCAGCAGCGGGGUGGGGGUGGCUGCCCAGCUCCUCCACAACCUGCAGGGUCAGCUCCUCUCCUCUGCCACACCCAUGGACCAACAGAACCAUCUUACCGCUUGGUUAGCACAGUCAGCAGCGACCACACCCACCAGUCGACACCACAGGUCGUUCAGUCAGCACGGAUCUGGAGUCCUCCAUUUACGUCUCCUCCUCCACGACCACGCACUCGUGCACUUCUUCGUCUCGAUCCUCCUCACGAAACCAGCAGUUCACCAACACGCCGAUAGCGACGUCCUCCAACCCCUCGCUCUAUGCCCCCCGUCACACCAGCCACCAGCACCCCAAGCACCGAACCCACUCAGACUCGUAUCCCCCGCAAGACGAGGAGCACGAGGGGAGGAGGAAGAGGACGUCAUGCACAGCAUUUCGGGAAGUUUGGGCCAACUCCUACGUCGACAGUGUGCCGCAUCUGCCGCCAAGAAUGACAGUGUGUCGCAAAUGUCCAUCUCGCUCGAGUCGUCGUUGGACAACUUGCUGCUUGUGGACUCGUCGUCCGUUCAGUCAGGGCUGAGUCCGGGUCCUGGGAGCAGUUCGGGUGGAAACAGGGUUUCCGUCUCGUCCUCGUCUGGCCUGGGGGGACACUUGUCCGCGCAAGGCUUGGUCAACUCUGAUCGUGACGAUGUGUUUGGAGAGGGUCAAGAUGAGGAUGAUGAGGACGUGGAUGACCUCGCACCACCGCCCAAGCUUCCAGAGAAGGUUAAUCGGGCACAGUUCGUCCUCUUGGCGAGGAAUGGGAAUGGGGGCGGAGUGAGGAAUGGGGCCGCCUCCGUGGGUGCGAAUUAUGGGGGAGGAGGAGGAGAUCGAUGUCCAUCACCGUAUGAAAAUGUGGACGCGACGGAUCACGUGACGUGGCAUGGGGAAGGAGUACCCUCGUCCUUGAGGGACGCUUUUCACCGCCAGCAUCACUCGAGGAACGCCAUGUCCUAUUCGGAGAGCAGGAGCACGUUGGUGGGUGGAGGGGCAGCUGGCGGAAGUGGCGACGAUGAUGAUGGCCGACCUCCACUCCCACCAAAGAAAAAACACAGUCUGAUUGCUGCAUAUGUCGAAUUUCUCCACAAUUUCGAGUCCUACUCUCAACAACAGCAACAGCACCACUCCCACUUCCACAACCACCUCAACGCCAUUCACCACCAACACUUGGCAUCCGUCGCCUCCGGGGUGGACAAUACCAAUCUCGAGCAAAGGAGGAGAGCUUCCGCAUUCCGAGCGGAGAGAAGUGCGACACUUGCCAAUCCGGGAGCUCUGGCUGCCGCUGCUGGCAAUAGUAUUGGAGGACGGUCGGAAGGAAUGUUCUCUCAUCGCCAAGACUUGACGACGUCGACUUCCAACUAUGACCACCAGCGGCUGUCAGAAGGGGAGGAGAUGACCAGUCCAACAACCACGUCGAUUUGGGCAGGAGAAGGGAUACGGCGACGGCUCAGUGCUGGGUAUGACGAUGACGAUGAUAAUGGCGACGAGGGAGCGAGUGGUGGCGUCCCUCCGCCGGCAUUGCCACCCAAGCAACGAUACUCGCAACUUCCUCAACGGCAACAAGAACGACACGAGUCUCGACAACUUUUUGGCGGUGCUGGUGGUGGGAGUGAGGAGGAGGAGGCGUCCAGUCCUGGGAGCCGAGUGGCCUCACCCAUCGUGUCCCCAGGAUAUGGAAUGGAUGGGGAUGAAGGUUUGGGACAGGAACUUGCUGGCAGUGGUCCCACAAGUCCAGUUGGCAGUGGACUUGCCUCACCCAGUAAGAAUUCCACGAGCCCUCGACAAGCGACUGUGAUGACGGCGGAGGAAGCAGUAAUCAUGGCGAACGGAGAUCUCUACAUUAUUGACGCCACACCCAGUCUGGUGCAGAACGAGUCGUCAAGCAGCAGCAGUCGGCACCACUCGUCCUCCUCGAGCAGGAGUGGUUUGGGGGAAGGGCCCGCAAUUAAGGGCGGAGAACCUCACCUCCUCAUCGUAUAUGCUGCCAGCCCGGAUCUCAAAGACGUCCGCUUCCGUGAAGUAUUUCUCCUGACGUAUCGUACCUUUGUGCGUCCUCUGGACGUCGUGAAUCUCCUCUGGUGUCGCUACCAAUACUUUCACCAGGGUCGAACUGAUCGGAUCUCUCUACUCCAUGCCCGAGCCACGUUGGAUCUUUGGGUGGACGUCGUCAACUCCUUGACACCCAUGGACCUGGAGGAAGGAAUGGUCAGCAUUCUGAGAGAGAGGAUUUACCAUCUCGUCGCCACGGGGGAAAUCCAGAGUGCGUUGAAGGCCAGGAAAGGGCUCAUACAAAAGUAUUCAAUUCGGGUCAAACUCCUCUGCCCAAGGGCAACUCCGGCCAGUUUGGCCGUCACUGCAGAACCAAAAUCCCUCCUCAGCUUUAGUGCUACCUGUAUCGCCCAACAAAUGACGCUGCUCGACGCCGAACUAUUUCGCCAGCUCGAGCCAGCCGAACUCCUCCUUUGGGCGAGGGAACAAAGCGAAGACUUUUGUCCAGCACUCAACAAUUUUACGGAGCAUUUCAACAAGGUUUCGUACUGGUCGAGGUCGAAGGUGCUCCUCUGCUGCAACAGCCGUGAGAGGAAUCGCACCAUGAAGAAGAUGAUUGAGGUCAUGCGCAAAUUGAGAGAAUUCAACAACUUUAAUUCUCUCCUCGCCGUCUUGGCUGCCCUGGAUUCUGCUCCCAUUCGACGGCUUGGCUUUUCCAGGAGGUUGACUGAAGCUCUCAAACCCCACGCCGCAUUGACCGACUCUUCCGGCUCCUUCAGAACCUAUCGUCACGCGUUGGGUGAAAGUAAACCGCCCUGCAUUCCAUACAUUGGAUUGGUGCUCCAGGAUUUGACAUUUGUCCACAUUGGAAAUGUUGAUCUACUCCCGGACGGGAAAGUAAACUGGGUAAAGAGAUGGCAACAAUGGGUCGUCUUGGAACCUGUGAGACGAUUCCACGCCUGCAACUACGGCUUCGUAAGGAAUGACCCCUUGCUAAAUUUCCUCAACAAUUUUAAUGAAUCUCUCAACGAUGACGAACUUUGGCAAGUGUCAGAAUCUAUUAAACCAAGGAGUAAGAAUUAUUAAGAGCAGUAACUCCAACCAAAUCUGCUCUGAAGAAAACAUCCUUCUUACCAUUUUUCUUUAACAUUUUAUUAACCAAAAUUCAAUAUGUGAUAAUAGUUUAUAACCCAUCGAUACGAUUAACGAAACCUAACCAACACAAGCACAAAAAUGCAGCUUUAAUUUUUAUAUUUUUUUGACAAAACAUGAAAUACUCAAUCAAACAUUUUUUACUACCUCCGUUUUUAAGUUAUUUUGUCCGUUCAUUAUUUAUUCACGGUUUUGCUAUUAUUUUAGUCAUUUUUUUAAUCAAGUAUCAGUAUUUUGUUCAUGAAUUACUUUAUAAUUUUGUUGACAUUAUUUAAUAAAUGUUGUUGUAGUCAGUAAUUCACAUUGUAAUUCUUUGAAAAUAGUGGUGUCUGUCUUUGUGCUAGAUAAGUAACUGUUUUUGGGACACGAUGGGAAGGAAGGAGUCAGUCGUGGCUAAAGUAAGAUUAUUUAUGUAUCUGUAAAUGUAAACUACCCGUGUUCCAACCAAGCGUGGAGGUGGAAAAAUGUAGCGACUAGGAUUGAAUUAUAAGUUAGAAUAAUUAUAUAAGUUAACAUUUAUUAAUGACUAAUUUUCCCAAAUUAGUUCUUAUAAAAAAGCUGGUUUAGCGCAUCAACGAAUUAGGCAAGAGAGGACAUAGAUCGGGUAUGCAUAUGAACUUAUCAUAUCCUGACUGUCUGAUCACCAUCAUCAUUGGUUGUUAUAUUGUCGUUGUUCGUGAUUGUUGUCGUGCUCUAUAAUUAGUUAAUUACUGAUUGUUGUUGACUUUACAUAUCCAUCUGAUCUGAUCUGAUAGGUAUGUAUUACGUCGUCAUUGUCGUUGUCGUUCGUGUUGUUGUGAUGGCUUGGAAAGUUUGAAAAUCUGAUAAUUUUUAGACUGAAUUGCAAAGCUUUUACCUUUACCUUUUCCGAAACCUAAUCAACGAGUAUAUGAAACUGGAUGAUAAACCUUGAGAAAAAAAUCUACUUUUCCUCUCAUCAUGAAACUGAUUAUACAAUUUAAGGUACUAAAAUAUAUUUAAUAUAUUUAACAUAUUUACGAUUAAUUAGAAUAGGUAGAUAGGUAAGUAGGUAGAUAGUUCGUUAAUGAACUAGUUAGUUAGUUAUAAUUAGCUAAGAAAGCUGGACAUCAUUUUAUUCUAAAAAGUAAUGAAAUGUUUGAAAGUCUAAAGUGAAACCCGGCCUAUUUUGCUCCGCAGUCAAUUUUGCACAAGAACUGUAUAGAAAAAUGCUGACAUUUUAUUACGUGUGUGUAGAAAUUAGAAAAAUUGUGUAUUUCCAGAAUUCUAAACGUAAGUAAUUUGAUGAUGAUACAUAUGAGCUUUAAAACUAUAUUGUUGUUAUCAAAAAAUGAUGAUGAUUGUGAAUUCUUGUAGUUUUAGUGAAAUUUCAAUGUUCCAAAGUGAAUGAGUUGUACAUAAUAUAGAAAAAAACAGGCUGAUCUUUGACAGGACACAAAUUUUAAAAAGUUUAAAAAUUUUAAAACUUUAUACAAACUUUAGGAUGAUGACCUACUGACCUGGGAGAAAAGCUGGGUUAAAAUCAAAUCAGACUACAAUUUAAACAAAUUGUGUACAAAUUCAUGAAACUGUUAUAAAUUUCAUAUCUGCUUUUACUAUAAAAUUAUGUAAAUGUACGUAUUUAAUGGAGAGGAUGAUAUUAUUAAUUAAAUAAAUGGAAUUCUAACUAUGCUCUAGAGUAGCAUAGUUAGUCGUUGUCAGCUAAUGAGUCAAAUUAUAUGUGUUGGAUAAUCUGUAGUGAUGUGAAAUUUAAUUUAUAGUUGUCGUAUUAAUUAAUUGUUGCAGUGUAAGUUGCAUGUAAUUGCUUUUUAAUUAAAGGUUUGAGAAAGUCUGAGAGAGAUACGUAAAUCUGUGUGCAGUUUAAUUAUAUUAAUUAAUUAAUGUGUUUAACCAGGAUUAUUGUUAAUUGUUGGUUUGAUUUGGCCCGUGGUCGUGGGAGGAGGAUGAGGGGGGUGGGUGCAGAUUGUUAUAAUUAUCAAGAGGAUCUAAUCAAAAUCAAUCAAUAUUUUUAAGUGUGAAAAUUAUGAAAUGUGGUCAAGUAUAAAUUUAUUAAAUGUGAAAUAAAAAAUGUGGAAAAGGGUA